AUGAGGGGAGAAUCUUACUUCAUUGGAAUGAGGAGCCUCGGGCAGCAGGGGCAUACCCCGGAAGAUGGAGAACUUUUCUUGCUCUGCUGCAUAGACAGGGACUGGGCUGUAACUCGGUGUUUCGCAGAGGAAGCCUUUCAAGCAAUCACUGACUUCAACGACCUCCCCAACUCACUGUUUGCAUGCAAUGUUCACCAGUCAGUGUUCGAAGGAGAAGAAAGCAAGGAAAAAUUUGAAGGUCUGUUUCGGACUUACGAUGACUGUGUGACCUUCCAGCUAUUUAAGAGUUUCAGACGUGUCCGAAUAAACUUCAGCAAUCCCAAAUCUGCAGCCCGAGCCAGGAUAGAGCUUCAUGAAACCCAGUUCAGAGGGAAAAAAUUAAAACUCUACUUUGCACAGGUUCAGACUCCAGAGACAGACGGUGACAAGCUGCAUUUGGCUCCACCACAGCCUGCCAAACAAUUCCUCAUCUCACCCCCGGCGUCUCCUCCCGUGGGCUGGCAGCCCAUCAGUGAUGCCACGCCAGUCCUCAACUACGACCUCCUCUAUGCCGUGGCCAAACUAGGACCAGGAGAGAAGUAUGAGCUCCAUGCAGGGACUGAGUCCACCCCAAGUGUCGUCGUGCACGUGUGUGACAGUGACAUAGAGGAAGAAGAGGAUCCAAAGACUUCCCCAAAGCCAAAAAUCAUCCAAACCCGGCGUCCUGGCCUGCCACCCUCCGUGUCCAACUGA